CUCUGACUUCUAGAAACCCUAUCUCUCAAUGACAAAGGCGGCAGUCAACCACCACCAAUACCAUGCGGCGGAGACAGAGCAAGAUCCGCCACCGCCGCAAAUCCACCACCUUCAUUCGAUAAACUCAACCAUCCUCAUCCGCCAGCUCCCCUCCCAAGGCCUCUCCUUCCAGCUCUGGCCCGCCGCCGCCACCCUCGUCUCCCUCCUCGACCGCCAAGCCCUCCCCCUCCUCCUCCCCCCCUCCUCCAACCGCCCCCUCCGCCUCCUCGAGCUGGGCUCCGGAACCGGUCUCGUCGGGAUCGCCGCCGCCGCAGUGCUAGGCGCCGCCGUCACGGCCACCGACCUCCCCCACGUGCUCCCCAACCUCCAGUUCAACGUGGACGCCAAUGCCGGCGCCCUCGCCCCAUGCGGCGGCCAUGUCCGCGUCGCGGCGCUGUCGUGGGGCGACGAGGCGCAGAUGGAGGAAGUCGGGGCAGAGUUCGACGUCGUUUUGGGAUCGGAUGUGGUGUAUCAUGAUCAUCUCUACGAGCCGCUGCUGCAGACGCUGAGGUUUCUGCUGCUUGGGAGGGAGAGGGAGGUGGUGUUUGUGAUGGCGCAUUUGAAGAGGUGGAAGAAGGAAUCGGCGUUCUUCAAGAAGGCUAACAAGUUUUUUCAUGUUGAGAUUGUGCAUAGAGAUAGUCCUACUAAUGGGGAUAGAGUUGGUGUCAAUGUCUACACAUUUGUAAGGAGAACUGAUGCUGUCAAAUCCAGCAAAUAGCACUUGAAUGGAUUCCUCUGUUUUGAGCUAUAAAUGGUGAAUAAUAUUUUCAA